UUUACUCACCGACCUGAAAAGUCCCCACACCUUCUUGACCUGGUCAUGAAUCCCAAGACGAACCCAAAUUUACCAAGUUACUUAAACCCAUCACCACAUAAUCAGAACAACGACAAGAACAGGAAACAAACAGUGGUUAAAGGUUUCGACAUUGUGGUCGGCGACAAAGAACUGAAGAGGAAGACGAAGACGAAGGAGAAGGAAAAGGAAGAACAACAACAGAUUCAGCUUCUUGGUGAGGAGCAGAAGAAGAAGAAACCAAACAAAGAUCGUCACCUUAAAGUUGAAGGAAGAGGUCGAAGAGUUAGGUUGCCUGUACUCUGUGCAGCCAGGAUUUAUCAGUUGACAAAAGAGUUAGGUCUCAAAUCGGACGGCGAGACUAUUGAAUGGUUGCUUCAACAAGCUGAGCCAUCGAUUAUCUCUGCUACUGGAAAUGGAAUCAAACCCGUUGGAGCCACCACUGAGUCUGUUGUUGUUUCUCAACCUCGUCCUCUUCUCACGGCGGAUCUGAUGGUGGGUCAUCAUAACACACAAGGAGGAGCUCCAACUCCAAGGUCUCAAAUGGCGGCAAAUGGGUUGUUGCGGUGGAUGAAUGAAACAUGGCAAAACACCACUCAAAGGUUGUUUGAUUUGAACUGCGGUUUUGGGUUUGGUUUCAAAGGUGUUUCAGAGAUGGGUUUUGGAAACAAUCCAAGGCCUGGACUUGAAUUAGGGUUGUCUAUGGCAGUGGGAAUGUUGGGGGUUUUGUAUCCGCAGGUUUAUCAGCAAAUGGGUCAAGAACAGUCUAGGGUUCAUCGUCAUCAUCUUCAUGAAGAUCAGCAACAGAGAGCAGAGAAAAGUGGUUCUUAAAGCUCAAAGCUUUAAUGGCUUGUUACUUAGAUUUGCAUAUAUACAUUUAGUGAGAGAAUGUGAUAUGCUGAAAUCUCAAACCUUUAACAACAGCUUUUGGGAAAUGCAGAAGAGAAAGAUUGGUUCUCAAAGCUCAUCAAACCUUUAAUGGCUUUUACUUAGAUGUUGGAUUUGCGUAUGUAUAGUGAGAAUACUAAAGUGUGCUCUUACUGAAAUCUCAAUGUGCUAAUUUGCUUAACCUCUCUCUAA